CGACUACCGUGGAGGUAGCCCGCACAACGCCAUUGCACAUCACCUCUGACCUGGGUUGCGCUUCCGCUUACAGCUGCCACGGGUCUCGUUCGUUCCGUUUACACCAACGGCGGUGCUGUCGAGCCUUCGCGGUCGUUACCUCUCGCCUACCGCCCCGAUUUAGUAUCGACAGGAACAUCCAACCCACCCAUCAUGGAGUCAUCCCGUGGCCCUCCCCGGGUCAAGAACAAGGCCGCUGCGCCGGUCCAGAUCUCAGCGGAGCAGCUGCUUCGCGAGGCUGUGGACCGGCAGGAGCCGGCAUUGCAGGCGCCGACGCAGCGUUUUGCCGACCUGGAAGAGCUGCACGAGUAUCAGGGUCGCAAGAGAAAGGAGUUCGAGGACUAUGUGCGGCGGAACCGGAUCAACAUGAACAACUGGAUGCGCUAUGCGGCGUGGGAGCUGGAGCAGAAGGAAUUCCGGCGGGCACGAUCGAUCUUUGAACGGGCGCUGGACGUCAGCUCGACCUCGGUGGUGCUGUGGAUUCGCUACAUCGAGUCGGAGAUGCGCAAUCGCAACAUCAACCACGCUCGCAACUUGCUUGAUCGCGCCGUGACCAUCCUGCCCCGCGUCGAUAAGCUCUGGUACAAAUAUGUCUACAUGGAGGAGACCCUGGGCAAUGUUGCUGGCACGCGGCAGGUCUUCGAGCGGUGGAUGUCUUGGGAGCCCGAGGAGGGCGCUUGGAGCGCCUACAUCAAGUUGGAGAAGAGGUACAAUGAAUUCGAUCGCGCGCGGGCCAUCUUCCAGCGGUUCACCAUCGUUCAUCCCGAGCCGAGGAACUGGAUCAAGUGGGCCCGGUUCGAAGAGGAGUACGGGACAAGCGAUCUGGUGCGGGAGGUGUACGGGGUAGCGAUUGAGACGCUGGGUGAAGAUUUCAUGGACGAGAAGCUGUUCAUUGGGUAUGCCAAGUUCGAGGCGAAGUCCAAGGAGUAUGAACGCGCCCGGGCCAUCUACAAGUAUGCUCUGGACCGUCUUCCCCGCUCAAAGUCCAUGGUCCUGCACAAGGCCUAUACGACCUUCGAGAAGCAGUUUGGCGACCGCGAAGGAGUCGAGGACGUGAUCUUGUCGAAGCGUCGGGUCCAGUACGAGGAACAGUUGAAGGAGAACGUGCGGAAUUACGACAUAUGGUUCGACUUUGCCCGGCUGGAGGAGACCUCCGGCGAACCCGACCGGGUACGAGACAUCUACGAGCGCGCCAUUGCACAAAUACCGCCGUCCCAGGAGAAGCGACACUGGAGGCGGUAUAUAUACCUGUGGAUCUUUUACGCCAUCUGGGAGGAGAUGGAGGCCAAGGACGCCGAUCGUGCACGCCAGAUCUACAACGAGUGCCUGAAGCUCAUCCCCCACAAGAAGUUCACAUUUGCCAAGAUCUGGCUCAUGAAGGCGCAGUUCGAGAUUCGCCAGAUGGAUCUGCAGACGGCUCGGAAGACGCUGGGCCAGGCCAUCGGCAUGUGCCCGAAGGAUAAGCUCUUCCGGGUGUACAUCGAUCUGGAACGCCAGCUGUUCGAGUUCGUACGGUGCCGGACGCUGUUCGAGAAGCAGAUCGAGUGGAAUCCCUCCAACAGCCAGUCAUGGAUCAAGUUUGCCGAGUUGGAGCGCGGUCUCGAUGACACCGAUCGCGCGAGGGCCAUCUACGAGCUUGGGGUGGACCAGCCGACCCUCGAUAUGCCGGAGCUGGUAUGGAAAUCGUACAUCGACUUCGAGGAAUACGAAGGCGAGUACGACCGCGUCCGGCAGCUGUACGAGCGCCUCCUGGAGAAGACGGACCACGUCAAGGUCUGGAUCAACUACGCGCGUUUCGAAAUCAACGUCCCCGACGAGGAGGAAGAGGAAGAGGAGGAAGAGCGACCGGUCAGCGACGAGGCCAAGCGACGCGCUCGCGCUAUUUUCAACCGCGCCCACAAGGUGUUCAAAGAGAAGGAGCUCAAGGAAGAGCGAGUGGAACUCCUCAAUGCCUGGCGGGCGUUCGAACACACGCACGGCUCGCCCGAAGACAUCGACAAGAUCGAGAAGCAGAUGCCGCGCCGGGUCAAGAAGCGCCGCAAGAUGGACGACGACCGGUACGAAGAAUACAUGGACUACGUGUUCCCAGCGGACGACCAGUCGGCGGCGAAUCUGUCGAAGCUGCUGCAGAGAGCACACCAAUGGAAGCAGCAACAGCAGGGUGCAUAGGCUUCCAUCGGUUGGGAGUGAGCGCGUUGCCCCGUUCUCAUGUAUCAGUAGCUUUAAUCUGGUGGGAAUCUUAUCGGCGGCUUGCCUGGAACAUAUACGCCGUAUUGCUGUAGACAUGAUAUGUAUGACUGAGACGAGAAUGUUGCACCAG